ACUCUUUACUGUAUUCGUUGGGUCAGCACUGCAGAGAUUAGCUUGCUACACAGACAGGGAUUCCUAAACCCGAAUCAUGCACAUCGUCAUUACAACUAAAUGGGAGUGGAGCAGAAAUUGUGCAAGAUAUGGAUAGAUUCCGUUGGUCCUAUAAAUAUUGCGCGGUCGUUGCUUCGAUUCAAGUUUCCACAAAGUCCCCCAUUCCAUUAUAAUGCUUCUUGAGGAGUCGGCUCUUUGGAACCAUCGUGGUUGUGCUGAUUUCCUCACGUGUGUUUUCUGUUAAAAGUGGCGAGGCUGGGAUAAACACAGGGACAUUUGCAAACAAGAGGCAUUAGCGCGAGUACAUUUGUUUCGUUUUUUUUUUGGACUUGCUGUGAUUUCUGAAGUCGAGGAGGAAGGUGUAACGUUAGGUAGUUGUAGUUGUGAUCCAGCAACAACAAAAAACAAAAACAAGCUGAAACAUGGGGAACGCAGGGAGUAUGGACCAGCAAACUGAUUUCAGGGGACAUAACAUGCCCCUGAAGCUGCCUAUGCCGGAGCCAGGCGAAUUGGAGGAGAGAUUCGCAAUCGUUUUGAACUCUAUGAACCUUCCUCCAGACAAAGCGCGACUAUUGCGGCAGUACGACAACGAGAAGAAGUGGGAACUUAUCUGUGAUCAGGAACGAUUCCAAGUGAAGAACCCCCCCCACACAUACAUCCAGAAGCUGAGGGGCUUUCUGGACCCGGCCGCCACCAGGAAGAAAUUCAGACGGAGGGUGCAGGAGUCCACCCAGGUCCUGAGAGAACUGGAAAUUUCGUUAAGGACCAAUCACAUAGGGUGGGUGAGAGAGUUCUUAAACGAAGAAAACAAAGGCCUGGACGUACUGGUGGAGUAUCUGUCUUUUGCGCAGUACGCUGUCACGUUUGAUGGCGACAGCGUGGAGAAGAACCCGGAGAAGUCGGAGGACAAGCCCUGGAGCAGAUCCAUAGAGGACCUGCAUGGGGGGAGUAACCUCCCGUCCCCCGUCAGCGGGAACAGCAUUACCCGCGCCGGGCGACACGCCACGCUACGUUACCUCCUGACACAGGCUGACAAGUCAAGGACACCGAGCUCUUUGAAAUGCCCAAAGUAUUCGCAAGGACGAUGUUGCAACGCGUUGCCGAGCCGGAGAACUCUGAAGAACUCCCGGCUGGUCUGUAAGAAGGACGAUGUUCACGUCUGCAUCAUGUGCCUGCGAGCCAUCAUGAACUACCAGUACGGCUUCAACAUGGUGAUGUCCCACCCGCACGCUGUGAAUGAAAUUGCACUAAGUCUGAACAAUAAGAAUCCCAGAACCAAAGCUCUGGUGUUGGAGCUGCUGGCCGCCGUGUGUCUCGUGAGGGGGGGACACGAAAUCAUUCUCUCUGCGUUCGACAACUUCAAGGAGGUGUGUGCUGAGACGCAGCGGUUCGAGAGGCUGAUGGAACACUUCAAGGACAUGGACAACAACAUCGACUUUAUGGUGGCGUGUAUGCAGUUCAUCAACAUCGUGGUCCACUCAGUAGAGGACAUGAACUUCCGGGUUCACCUGCAGUACGACUUCACCAAGCUCUGUCUGGACACCUACCUGGAUAAGCUGAAGCACACGGAGAGUGACAAGCUGUCGGUGCAGAUCCAGGCCUACCUGGACAACGUGUUUGACGUGGGCGCCCUGCUGGAGGACGCCGAGACCAAGAACGCCGCGCUGGAGCGCGUGGAGGAGCUGGAGGAGAACAUGUCACAUAUGACGGAGAAGCUGCAGGACACGGAGAACGAGGCCAUGUCCAAGAUCGUGGAGCUGGAGAAACAGCUGAUGACGCGCAACAAGGAGCUCGACUCGAUCCGGGAGGUGUACAAGGACGCCAACUCGCAGGUGCACACGCUGCGGCGGAUGGUGAAGGAGAAGGACGAGGCCAUCCAGAGGCAGUGCAACCUGGAGAAGAAGAUCCAUGAGCUGGAGAAGCAGGGCACCAUGACGAUCCAGAAGAAGGGCGACGGGGACAUCUCCAACCUGCCCUCGCCGCCCGCCCCCGGGGGCCCGCUGGUGGCUGGCGUGCCAGGGGUCUAUAACGGGGGCACGGUCAGCCCGAUGGGGUCGAAUGGGGUCCCGGGGAUGCCCGCGCCGCCCCCUCCUCCUCCCCCACCGCUUGUGCCUGGGACGGUGCCAAAUGGGCCUUUGGCUGGUCCCGCAGCUCCUCCCCCUCCCCCGCCGCCCCCUCCUCCCCCGCCUCCCCCCGGCCCCAUGGAGGUGUCUGCUCCCCUGCCCCCGCCUCCACCCCCCAUGGCCCCCCCGCUCCCGGGCUGUGGAUCCCCCACCGUCAUCUUCAACUCAGGGUUAGCAGAGGGGCCCAUCAAACUGUUCUCCGUGAAGAUUAAAAAGCCCAUCAAGACCAAGUUCCGUUUGCCCGUGUUCAACUGGGUGGCGCUGAAGCCCAACCAAAUCAAUGGCACUGUGUUCAACGAGAUCGACGACGAGAGGAUACUGGAGGACCUGAACGUGGAUGAGUUUGAGGAGAUGUUCAAGACGAAAGCCCAGGGCCCGGCCAUCGAUUUGAUCAUGAGCAAGACCAAGGUCAUCCAGAAGGGGCCCAACAAGGUGGCACUGCUGGACGCCAACCGGGCCAAGAACAUGGCCAUCACCCUGAGGAAAGUGGGAAAGGCCCCUGAGGAGAUCUGCAAGGCCAUCCAGCUGUUUGACCUGCGCACCCUGUCGGUGGACUAUGUGGAGUGUCUGAUGCGCUUCCUGCCCACGGAGAGCGAGGUGAAGAUCAUGCGUCAGUACGAGAAGGAGAGGAAGCCCGUGGAGGCGCUGACGGACGAGGACCGCUUCAUGAUGCACUUCAGCAAGAUCGAGCGGCUCAUGCAGAAGAUGACCAUCAUGGCCUUCAUUGGCAACUUCUGCGAGAGCGUACAGAUGCUGACGCCGCAACUCCAUGCGGUCAUCGCAGCAUCUGUGUCAAUAAAGUCCUCGCAGAAACUCAAGAAAAUUCUCGAGAUCAUCCUGGCGCUCGGAAACUACAUGAACAGCAGCAAACGGGGAGCAGUAUACGGUUUCAAGCUGCAGAGUUUAGAUUUGCUACUGGACACCAAGUCGACAGACCGGAAAAUGACUCUGCUGCACUACAUAGCCAAUGUGGUGAAGGAGAAGUACCAGCAGGUCAAUCUGUUCUACAACGAACUGCAUUACGUGGAGAAGGCCGCAGCAGUGUCGUUAGAGAACGUUCUGCUGGAUGUGAAGGAGCUCCAGCGGGGAAUGGACCUGACCAAGAGAGAGUACAGCAUGCACGGUCACAAUACCAUGCUCAAAGACUUCAUCACACACAACGAGGGCAAGCUGAAAAAGCUGCAGGACGAAGCCAAGAUCGCGCUGGACGCCUUCGACGAGGCCGUCAAAUUCUUCGGCGAGAAUUCCAAAACGACGCCCCCGUCCGUGUUCUUCCCGGUGUUUGUGCGCUUCGUCAAGGCCUACAGGCAAGCGGAGGAGGACAACGAGCAAAGGAAGAGAGCAGAGCUGAUGAUGAUGGAGAAGCUUCUGGAGCAGGAGGCCAUGCUGGACCAGGAGGACCAGAAGUCUCCGUCCCAUAAGAACACCCGGGGCAGGAGUCAGCAGCAGGAGGUGAUAGCUGAGCUGAGGAAGAAGCAGGUGAAGGAUACGGGUAGCCGCCACGUCUACGAGGGAAAGGACGGAGCCAUCGAGGAUAUCAUCACGGCCCUAAAGAAGAAUAAUAUUACUAAAUUUCCCAAUGUCCACUCGAGGGUAAGGAAUUCCUCCAAUAGCACCCCUGUGGUGGUGGAUGUGUCCCAGACCUGAUCUUCGAAAUCAGCCUUACAGGAGAGCCGACGCGGUGAGGAGGAGCGUCAGAAAGCGCUUUGACGACCAAAACUUGCGGCCGGUCAACAACACUGAAGUUGUCAUGUGACGAGGGAACAGUGCAUGUGCUCGGAGGGGGGUGAAGGGGGGGGUGAUGUGGAUGUAACAGCCUCUCACUCUGGACUGAAAGAGAAAUGGAUGGACUGAAAGAGAUGGCUAGACUGAAAGAGAAAUAGAAGGACUGAAGGAGAGAGAGAUGGAUGGGUCUGAAAGGUCAGUCAUAGGGAACCUUAGACAAGCCAAGUGCCUGAAACGUACUUUUUAUGUGAUCAGUUUUAUUUUUUCAUUACUUCAAGCAAUGCAACUUGACCUGGCUUUAACUGUAAUUUCCUUUGAUGUGUAAAACUGGACUCGAACGUCUGUAGGGGGAAUUCCUGGAAGAGACUUUUCCAGAAAGAAGUGUAGAAUGUACAUGUGACACGGUUCCCGUUAGGCCUCGAUCACACCUCCCAGCGUCAUGGUACACCAGAAGCACAUGCAUUUCCAAUGGAGGCGCUGCGUUUGCCUUUGCCGCGUGGCAUUGGAAGUUGCAGUGCGCUCGAGUGUCGGUGCGUACGUCGGACAAACCAAACGCACGCAUCACAUUCCAUGCGUAUAGACGGCUUGACAGAAACGGUAGCAGAAAGGCGAAUGUGGAACUUCUGUUGUGCACAUAUCCAGAUGAGGCCGCGUGCCAUUUUGUGCAUGACACUGCAGGUGUGUUCGAGGCGUUAGGCGUCAAAGUAUUCCGCCACAGGUGAUGAAUAUGAUAUUCAAUAGCAAGUAUCUUAUUACAUUCCUGGUGCUACUGCCAUUGCUCUUGGAAUUCCAACAAUGUGCUCGAGUGGCACUUUAAAAAAACGCAUUAGCUUUUCCAUCGUUGCUAAAGGGCUAAUGGCCUUAUUAAAGGGGACAAGUCUUAGAUGAAAUACUAUGAAGCAGUGAUCCAAAACUAAUAUGCUCAAUGAAAGUACUUAAGCAAGUAUCAGGUAGACUUCUGUACACCAACGUGUGACCACAGUUAGAGAAAUCGUAUCGGAAAUAAUAUAACUCAGAGGUGUGGCUCUCUCGAAAUGAGACCAGGCUAAUGUGAAUUGUGUAUAGCUAGGCCUCUAUAUUACGGUAUUAACAUCUCAUUCAUCGGUGUUAACAUGGUUAGUGGACCAAGUCGUGAACAGUACCAGUCAAAGGUUUGGACACACCUACUCAAUCAAGAGUUUCUCUGUAUUUAUUGACUAUACAUUGUAGAAUAACAGUGAAGGUAACAAAACUAUGAAAUAAUACAUAUGGAGUCAUGUAGUAUCCCAAAAACGUGUUAAAACAGAUGAAAAUAGAUUCUUCAAAGUAGACACCCUUUGCCUUGAUGACAGCUUUGCACACUCUUGGCAUUCUCUUCAGCUUCACCUGGAAUGCUUUUCCAACAGUCUUGAAGGAGUUCCCACAUAUGCUGAGCACU